AUGCCCAGCCUUCUCGACUGGCUCGUGUCUGAUGAACCCUCCUUUCGCGUCUCCCGGCUUCCCUCGUUGUACUCUGACCUCAGCGUGCAAAAGAUCACCAACCCAGAAGGCUAUGCGGCCAACACCACCGCAUGGACAAGCGCCCUCACCCGUGCGGCCCUAGCAGGGCAACUCCCCGUCGCAGAGCAACGCCUGAUCCUACAGACGUCCGAUGACCUACUCAAUGCGCUUGCGAGUCCCCAGUACGGCCGGCCGUCCGGGCUGGGCCACGUUCUCGACGAGGCCGUCCGGUCAGGGAAGAUGAUCGACGUGCAGGAUUUCCUGACGUCCGACAAGAGCAUAUACACCAAGACGUGGAUUCCGUCCCCGCUGGCGAUCCUGCGUUGGGGUCUCCAGCGCGCCGGGCUCGUGGGGACCGGCAGCUACGACGUCAACGGGCACCUGCGGCGUGGCAACCUCGUGCUCGUGAGCGCCCUGGAGGAGGUGUACAACAACCACAUUACAAAGUUACGCGGGCAGACCGGCACGAGUCUCACGGACCGCAUCAUCAGCCGGGAGUCAUUCACCAAACAGCUCGACGGCCUCCUGCUGGCGGGAGGGAGACUAUCACCGCAAGACGUGUCAGUGUUACUGCGCUACCUUUCCCGCGACAAACAGGUCCUCGCGUACGACGAAACGACGAUAAAGUUCAGAGCGCCCCGUGCGACCGCAACAGCCACGCCAGAAUCAGAAUCAGACGCCGCAAUCACACGGGAAGAUCGAAGCAUUGCGUCUCUCAAGACACUCAUCUCGAACCUCGCCACGCAGAUAUUCAUCCUCACUUCGCGCAUCGCCACACUACAAGCCACGGCUCAGAAUGCAGUCAAGUCGGGGAACCGGACGAUCGCCUUGUCCGCGCUGCGGUCGAAGAAGCUGGCCGAGAAGUCACUAGAGUCCCGCGCAAACACCCUGCACCAGCUCGAGGAGGUCUACACCAAGAUCGAAGCCGCGGCGGACCAAGUCGAGAUCGUGGCGGCCAUGGAAGCCAGCGCGGGUGUGCUCAAGACGCUCAACAAGAAAGUCGGCGGGGUCGACAGGGUCGAGGACGUGCUGGACUCGUUGCGCGAGGAAAUGGCGAGGGUCGACGAAGUAGGCGUCGUCAUCGCCGAGCCACUCGACGGCAAAGCCGUGCUGGACGACGCCGAGGUCGACGACGAAUUCGAGGCCCUGGAGCGCGAGGAACGACUCGAGCGCGAAAAGGCCGAGAAGGCCAAGCAAGAAGAGCGACAGGCUCGAGAGGCCGAGAUGACCACGAGGAAGAGACUGGAAGAGUUGGACCGAGUGCAGCAAGAAGCUGCGCAGAAGACGAGAGAAAAGCGCGAGGGCGAGACACGGCAGACAGAAAAUCAAACCCAAACCGGAGGCGACGCGGUCGAGGGGGAACUCUCGAGAAGUAUCGAGAAGAUGCAACGCAUGGAUCUUGGGGGCCAACAACCGCAACAAGAGGGCAGGAAGAUGCAAGCGGAGCAGGUCUCAAUGUCGUGA